AUGAGCUCAGGCCUUGCUUGGCGCUGCCAUGCGCGCAGCGCCGGUCCAUUGUCGCUAUCUCGAAAUCUCGUCGUUCUCCCCAACCACAAUGCUCUCGCGACAACGACAACUCCGACGACCACCCGGAUCUUCUCCCCCCACACCGCUACGCACCACGGGCGACCUCUACAAUAUCGCAAUGUACACCACACCGCGCCACCCGCCGCAUCUCGCAGCAGCAAGCAGAGCCUGAACCCGCUGCUCAACCCGCCGGCGUCGACGCGACCGCCGGUGCUCGAGACGGUCCAGCGCUCCGCGCACGGGUCGACGCCGGCGUACCUGUUCCACCUGGGCAAGAGCUACCUGCGUUUCUACAAGGACGGGCUCAAGGCCGUCUUCGCCAACCGGCGGCUUCUGCGGGAGAGGCUGGCGCGGACGCCCGCGGACGACCGGCCGUCGUCGGCGUGGUCCCUCGCGCAGUCGCCGCCGCGGUCGUUCUCGCGCGCCGACUGGGUGCUCCUGUGGCGCGUGCGGCACGACAUGAUCCGGCUGCCGUGCUUCGGGCUGCUCUUCGUCAUCUGCGGCGAGUUCUCGCCGCUCGUGGUGAUGCUCGUCGACGGCAUCGUGCCGUACCCGUGCCGCAUCCCGCAGCAGCUGCGCGGCGCAGCCGAAAAGGCCGAGGCGCGCCGACGGGCGGCCUUUCGCGAGCUCGAGGUGGCGCACCCGCACGGCGUGCUGAGCCCGCGCGUCACGCGGUCCGUGGCGCGCCGGCACGUCCUGCGCAGCCUGCACCUGUCGGGCGCCAUGUGGGAUCGGCUCACGGGCGGGAUGGUGCCGCCGGGCAUGUGGCGGGUCAAGGGCGCGCUGCGGAUGGCGUUCCUGGAGGGCGACGACGAGGGCCUGGUGCGGGACGGCGGGCCGGUGGGCCUCGAGGUGGACGAGCUGCGCAUCGCGUGCAUGGAGCGCGGCAUCGACGUGCUGGGCAAGAGCGAGUCGGAGAUGCGGACCUGGCUGGGCGACUGGCUACGGCUGACGGCGGCCGAGGACCUGACGGAGCGCCGGCAGCGGAUGACGACGCUGCUGAUGACGAGGCAGGAGAGCUGGCCGCAUAACCGCGACUUUGCGGUGCCGGAAUGGCAUCUAUAA